GCGGGGACCUCCGUGGAUCCAGCAGGAGACUGAGCUCUGCCUGUGGACAGUGCAGCCGUCAGUUUGUCCGUCCCACGGAGCUGUGCUGUGGACAGUGGCCCCUGGUGGAGCUGCUGGUGAGCUUGAGCGCUGCUGUGCCACAGGACAGGAGGAACGCUUCCCACUAACCCGCACACAGGUUGCGGACAUGGAUCUCUGAGAGCGCGGCUCCAACACAAGAGUGCUGUCAUCAAGCUGUUAUUUAUCCCUGCAUCAUGGUAGCUCAGCCUGGUGCAUCAUGGGAGCUCAUCAGUGGUGUGACAGAUACAAUAUAUGAGGACUGAGAGGUCGUCAUGGAGACUGACAGUUACACCUCGGGCCCAGCCACCACUGACUGGGUUGGGACGGUGGCUGGUCUGGAGGGAAUGGGAGUCCUACAGGAGCAGGGAGGAGGGGGCUUGUCCAGCAGUCCCGCCUCCUGGUACAUGCCAUACUCACUGGGCUUCCAGGUGUCGCUCACAGCCGUCCUCAUGGUGGAGCUGGUGCUGGGCUUCAGCAGCAACCUGACAGUGCUGGUUCUCUACUGCUCUCAAUCCAAUUUAGUGGACUCAGUGAGCAAUAUGGUAACUGUCAAUCUGCAUGUAUUGGACGUGGCGGUGUGUGUGCUGUGUCUGCCCCUCACGCUGGUGGUGGUGCUGCUGCCUCCAGGACCAAACCUGGCCUUGCUCUGCUGCUUCCAUGAAGCCUGCGUCACAUUUGCCAGCAUUGCCACAGCCAUCAACAUCCUGGUCAUCAGCCUAGACCGAUAUGACAUUUCAGUACGGCCGGCCAACAGGCUGCUGACCACACGCAGAGCAGCGCUUCUCCUGGCUGCUGUUUGGGUCACAUCAGUAGCUGUGUUUUUUAUCCCAUUCUUGGAAGUGCAGUGGCCCAGCCGAGAGGGAUCAGAGGAGAAAGGGCAGGCGGCACCCAUGUCUUUGUCGUCACAUAGCACCACAGUGGCACCAGCAUGGCGUAACCAGACACUGCUGUGUAUUGGUGGACAGGGCUAUCACACAAGCCUGGGAAUGUAUUACCAUCUUAUCCUGCAGAUACCCAUCUUCUUCACCACCGUGGCUGUCAUGCUCUUCACCUACUCCAGGAUACUGAGAGCUUUAAACAUCCGCAUUGGCUCCCACAUGAAGAAGAGCCAGCGGUUCAGGGGCCCUUCCUGCAGUGGGCGUCACAAGAGACAAAAGAAAAAGAAAGCUGGGCUCAGAGUAAUCGAUGGUGGGGAGCUGGGAGGGGAGCAGAGCAACAUAGAUGGUACCAAACCGCUCAGCCACCCUCCCCUCAUUCCUUCCCCCUCCCCUACACCCACAGCCACCUCCCCGCCUGCCCUGUCCUCGUCCGCCCCUCUGGUCAUCUCUGAAAUGGGUGCGGCCACUCCUAUGCCAGCCACAAUGGGUGUUCAGGCCUCGGUGUCAGCCAUCAUUGCCUUGCGGAGGGCAGUGCGGCGACAUAGGGAUCGGCGAGAGCGCCAGAGGCGGGUCUUCAGGAUGUCCCUCAUCAUCAUCACCACCUUCCUGGGCUGUUGGGCUCCCCUCUCUGUGACCAACGUGCUAAUCCUUGGCAUCGGCCCCAGUGACGCCCUGAUUAGCCUGCGCCUCUGGUUUCUGGCCCUCGCUUACGGCACCACUGUCUCCCACCCUCUGCUCUACGCUUUCACCCGACAGAAGCUGCGCCGUGCCCUCCGCGCCAAGGUUAAAAAGAGGGUGGUGUCCUUGCUCCAAGUAGACCCUUCACCAGGGGGCACUAUCAUACACAACUCCUGGGUGGAGAACAGAAAAACCACUCGGCAGGUGCGGUUGGAGGCAAGUGAGGGCACUGACCGUUGCCAGGCAGAGGCCCUGUGAGACUGACACCACUUAGUACUACUGUAAGUUAUUUCAUUAGGAGACUAACUGGCAUGUGUAGCCAGUGUAAGAAAUGUGGAAAAACACAUUUCUACCUCUGGGAGAUGUUCCACCAGUAACCACCAGCAGCAAGCCUAUAGACACAACUUACGUUCACCUCAGGCAGGAGUGGAGGGAGGCUGCUGUCGUCACUGUGGUGUGCACAGUCUUUGCAGCCGAAGCAAAUCAUACACAACAAACACUCAAGUGUAAAUAAUUUGCACUCUGUCAAACACUGAAGUCUGUUUACACAAGGAGCUGCAUGACAGAGCAUUCUCUCAGUGGUGCUUACAUAACCGCUCCAAAGAUUGUUUCACCAGCAGAUGAUCUGAUCUGCCUCCUGCUCAAAUGCUCUAAGGCAGCUCAAGAAAAUGUAAAAUCCACUUCAAAUACAUAAAUACUCAUCAAGUCUUUGAAUGUAUUGAAUGUUGUUUCUGCCUUAAUUCUGCUCUGAAAGUCUGACUGGAUGGCUGUUGUGCAUUCUGAAGACACAGAGACACAAAAUGUGAAGUUGUAAGUGUGUCGUGUUGAUGAGGGCCAGUCCACAGAGAGCAGGUGAGGCACAUGUCUGAGUACAAUUAAAAUGUGAAAUACUUAAUGCAUUUUGGCUUUAGCUUUAGUUAUUAUAUGUUUAAAUGUUACGGUGUUUAUAUAAAACACUGCAAUAGCUCUUGUUUUCCAGAUUUUUAUCAAAUUGUGUAAUAUCUUGUUGGUAUGUUGCAUAUACUGCAGGGACAAGCACAGGUAUCAUUCAUGACAAAAGUUUGACAUUGGGAAAAUAUGCUUAUUUGCCUUCUUGCUGAGAGUUAGAUGUUCAGAUGAACAUCUAACUCUCAGCAAGAUGAAUAUACACAGAGUGUAUAUGAGAAAUAUGAAGCUACAGCAGCAGUGGCCAUAGCUUAGCACAAAAACCGUAAAAAGAGAACCAGUUGCCCUGGUUCAGUUAAAGAAGAACAAUAAUUUCUAAUGGUAAGCUUUUGUAAAAAAAAAAAAAAUUCUUUUUCAGGCUUAGACUCUGGAAAAUGUCUGAAAAAUCUGGUAAGGACAUUCUCUGGAAUUGGCCUUUCACAUAUGAAGAACUUAGCAGGAGAUUGUAUGGAUCCGGAAAGUGUCUGGGUAUAACAUGAAAGCAGCAGGACAUAAUGUAUACAUUCCACUGUGGAAAUCACAUAUUUUAGUUAACAUCACAUUGACCAGCAUCGGCCCUUAUUACUUACUCUCGUUGACUUUCCAUCUUGACAUCUUCUUUUGCAUCUUCUACGUGUAUGGCACCCUGCAUCUUCAUCCUGAGAUAUUUAUAUUAUUUUUGUUUUUUCCAGUUUUGUGUGAUAGAAACGUCAUCAACAUGCUCGGUGUUCAUUUUCAGCACAUUAUCCUGCUGUAUUCUCACAUGGGCUCACUUGGAAAGUUUACUAGGGGGCGGGCAGUAAAAGUCCCAGAAGAUGUUGUCACAUACAGUUUCUCUUGAAAAUUCUUUUGAAAAUUUUCAUGAAAAUGUCCACAGGUCAGUUUUGCUUUGAUUGAAGGUUUUGUCACACUGACCUGCCAACCUUUCCAUGUAUCAAGUCUUUACUCUGGCGUUUACCUGGCUGCUGGCUGUAGUUUCAUAUUUACCACACAGACAUGAGUGCACGUUAUCAAUCUUUGAUGACAAGAAAGUGAAUAAAUGCAUUUUCUAUUCAUUUAAACUGUUAAAUUGAUCAGGUGUUAAUAAAAUCCGGGGCAACUAAUUAAAAUGAAAGUGUAAAAUGGACAGAUGAUGAACAGAAUAUGAAGAAAACUUAAUGAAGUCUUGUACAUCACCAAAAAUUACAGUCUUGAAAAUAACUGUCGUGUUCAGUCAAUACAAUUCUGGCACAUUAUAAAUAAAACCUAAAGCUUGAAUAGUAUUUAUUGCAGACCUGUUGUUUGGAGGUUAAUUGUGGCUCAAAGCAUGCUACUCUCUUGUGGAAUAUCUUUCAUGUACACCAUGUAAAUAUUGAACAGAUUUGAAUUUACUACAUGUGAAGUCAACAGUACAAGUCACUUGGUCUGUGUGAUUAGAGAUUGACUUUUCUAGAUUAGACAAGUGUUUUGGUUACACCCGGCCCGUCUUUAUCAGCACCCAGACAUCUGGUCCCAUGGGUCAUGUCAAUCUAAGUGUCCAGCAAACGCAAGAGAGAAACUGUCACUACAAUUGAGCGCUGACAGCUUUGUGAUAUUUUUAAUAGAACUAGUGUUUGCUGUUAACUUUGUUGUAAACUACCUGCUUGUGUGUUCACUGCUGUAAUGCUGUACUCACACCAGGGCUCAGUUUAGAGGCCAUGUGAUUUCUGUCGCACAUUUAAUGCAAUCCUGAAUGUAAACAUACGCGCACACACACACACGCACACACACACACACACACACACACACACACACACACACACACACACACACACACACACCGUAGACUGUAUAAUAAUAUGGAUGCCAUGUCUCUACUUCCUCCCACUAUUCAAAAGUAAAGAUCUGGAAUUCUACACACGCUGGACCAAUAGCAAGUCAUCAAUCAUGAUCUUUCAUCCUGUUUUCAUGAUGGUCAAAUUACUAAUUAUAAUGAAAGUUACUGGAAAAACAAAGAGUUGAACAUACAUCAGAUAAGAACAACUUCACAUGACAGAAACCAUCUUUGAGAAAAUCUAUUUAAUAUGUAGGCCUACUUUGACUUUUUAGUGUGGUCCAUGUC